UUGGAUAUGCAUAUUUACGUUUGCACUGUAUUCUGUAUUCUGUUAUCGUUAGGUCAUGUCGACUUUGCAUGCUUCAUGAUGUCGAGUACUCCAUUUUGACGAUGGAGUGUCCAACUGUCAUCAUAUCCAUCGGCGUGGUUCACUUGUUGGUUAACAACACCACUUUAACUUCCAUGGAUGAAUCUACGGGGCUGGCUUCAUAUUCGUCGCAGGUAGUAUCAAGUCUAUGCUACCAACUCUUCAGUUUUCGACGACGAGCCGGCUCAUGAAGCAAGACUCUUCUGUCGGUGCCGAAUUCUUGAAGUCCGCGGGUAGGAUAGCGAUGCCUGCUCAAUAAAGUAUCGGUCGGAACACUUUUGAUCAAGGUGCAGAACCGACAGGUCAGGAGCAGUUGAAAGCAUAGACAUACAUAGCCUUUCGUGCCCUAUGAUGAAAAUACCCCUGUGUUUUCGGCUCAGCAAAUUCAAGCGACUUCUUAACUACAUGGCCUCCGCUUACGGCUUCUGUGAACAUGAAUUCACCUUCUAUGAGCAAUCUUAUCGUCUCUAGCGAGCAAACGUGCACUCUCAACCCAAGACUUUGAAUGUUGCUCCUUCAUCAUCUUGAAUCUGGGUUGAAGUUCUAUAAAGCUCAGCGAGACUGGCUACUCGACCACCAUGUCUUCCGCUCACCACAGCAUCUUAGUGGAGCCAUCAGCGACAGCUUCAAUCAAUGCAUCCGAUGCCAAAGACGAUGAAAUCCCUCUAGACAGUAUACCAGCUCCACCGGUUGAGAAUGAUGAUCUCGAGAACGCGAAUCCAGCCCGGCCUGCCACUCCGAAUUCGUCGCGGAGCGCAAAGAUGCCGCGAGCUGAUGGUGGUCGAGAUGCCUGGCUCUUCCUGGCCGCUUUCUUCGUAUUCGAAGCUUUUGUUUGGGGUGGGUGCUGCCUCAUAAGCUGCAGAAAUAUAAUCUAACGCGACAAUAGGCUUUCCAUUUUCCUUUGGGGUCUUCCAGUCUUACUACAGCACCCACGCCCCUUUUUCCAACAAUCAUAAAGGCAUUGCAGCAAUUGGAACAUGCUCUACUGGUGUCAUGUAUUUAUUUGCCCCAAUUUCAUUGCAUAUCCUCGAGGCAUUUCCUUUCGUUCGACGCUUCUCCUCGAUCAUUGGUCUGGUGAUUGCCACAGGUGCCUUGGUUGCCUCCAGCUUCUCGACUCAAGUUUGGCAUCUGAUCGCCACUCAAGGAGUCCUAUACGCUAUUGGUGGAAGUUUCCUAUACUCACCGACUAUGUUUUACCUUGAUGAAUGGUUUGUCGAAAAGAAGGGCCUUGCAUUUGGUGUUAUGUGGGCUGGUGUCUGCGCCAGCGGACUCGUCUUUCCGUUCGCUCUAAAGGCGCUGCUUGAUGAAUGGGGCUUUGCCAAUACACUUCGCGUCUGGGCAAUCAUCCUCUUUUUCUGCUGCACACCCCUAAUCUACUUCAUCAAGCCACGGCUGCCCGCCAGCUCGUCACCACACAAGAAACCCUCCUACGCCUUCUUUUUCAAACCAACUCACAUCAUCCUCCAAGCCAGCAACAUCUUCGGAUCCUUUGGCUUCUUCCUUCCCGCCAUUUACCUCCCCACCUAUGCCAUAUACCUCCACCUCUCGCCUCAUAUCGGCACUCUACUCAUCUCGCUCCUCAAUCUAUUCUCUGUAGUUGGAUCUAUAGUCAUAGGGCACCUCUGCGACAAGAUGCACGUCUCGCAUGUCAUCGCUAUCUCGACAUUCGGCAGUACAUUCUCCGUUUUCAUCCUGUGGGGCCCUGCGAAGGAGAUAGGUUCUCUCAUCAUCUUCGCUAUGAUGUAUGGCGCGUUCGCGGGUGGAUAUUCUGCGCUUUGGGCAGGCAUGAUGAAGGAGAUCCAGCAGGUCAAAGGCUGUGAAGAUGUUGGUAUGGGUCCUCUGAUGGGUGUGUUCGCUGCUGGAAGAGGCAUUGGUGCUGUGGUCAGUGGGCCUCUAAGUGAGGUUUUGUUGAAUAAAUCGGUUGGUAGAGUGUCAGGAUUUAAGAGUGGCUAUGGUGUACUUAUUGUGUUUACGGGUGCUAGUUCUUUUGCAGGUGGUGUGGGAUGGCUUGUUACAAGACGCAUGAGAGGACGUGUUGGUGCUAAUGAAGGAUCGGUCCCUGCUGCUUCGAUUUAAGAUGACGGUAGUGUUUCUGUAAAAUUCGUGGAUGGACGCUCGAUGAACGGUUGGAAGUGCUGGAUGACAUGCUGGUUGUAGGGUAUCUUUGUGCUGCGGCUACUUCUUGAGUGUGUUUGCGCUCCUUGGCAAGUCUCCUGCAAGUUGAAGACUAGGAAUGGAACUUAUGGUACCGUUUGUCAAUUUUCGUGAUUUUAAAAGUGUCUCGCAUACAUUCUCUG